AUGCAGAGCGUCGGUGGGCCUCAAAAUCGACAUGGAAUUACUGAACCCUCUCAACGACGCUACGCUCGCUAUGCUGUGUCAGGUCAGGCCAGUCAGCUGCCAGACAACUUGCUGCUCGCAGCUGCUGCUGACAGCAGAAUGUGGUGGUGUAUUGUUAUGCGGCUGGAUGAAAGUAGGAAACAACUGGAAAUAACUGUAGCUCGGAUGCAACUGCGAUCUGUGGAACAGCGAAGAUUAGAAAAUAAACUAAGUGUUCUUGAUUCAAAAAAUAUGGUUAUUAUUUACAACCGUGUGCCAAAAACAGCCUCAACAAGUUUUAUGGGAGUUGCUUAUGACAUUUGCAAACAAAAUGGUUUUCAUGUGCUUCACAUUAAUGUCACUGGAAACAUGCAUGUGCUGACUUUAGCUAACCAAUUAAAAUUUGUACAAAAUGUCUCAUAUUGGCAUUCCAUAAAACCAGCCCUUUAUCAUGGUCAUAUGGCUUUUGUAAAUUUUGAAAAAUUUGGAGUCAAUCAGCAUCCUAUUUACAUUAAUAUUAUUAGAAAACCUUUAGAUCGACUUGUAUCAUACUACUAUUUUCUACGCUUUGGAGAUGAUUUUCGCCCUCAUUUAGUAAGGAGAAAACAUGGUGACAAAAUGACGUUUGAUGAAUGUGUAGAAUUGGGAGAAUCUGAUUGUGAUCCUAAUAACAUGUGGCUUCAAAUUCCAUUCUUCUGUGGCCAUGCUCCAGAAUGCUGGAAACCAGGAAAUGAGUGGGCUCUAGCUGAAGCAAAAAGAAAUUUAUUAAAUCAUUAUUUUUUGGUAGGUGUUACAGAAGAGCUCUCAGACUUUGUAAAAAUUCUUGAAAUUACUUUACCUACUUUUUUUCAUGGAGCAUCUUCACAUUAUGAAUCAAGUAACAAAUCUCACCUGAGACGUACUGCACAAAAAAUGGAUCCUUCACCUAGCACUGUGGCUCAAAUACAGAAAUCUCAAGUUUGGCGCAUGGAAAAUGAACUUUAUGAAUAUGCGCUUGAUAUAUUUCAUAGUGUGAAGAAAAAAUCAUUUGAUUCACUAGAAAAGGGACAGAUCUUUUCAUAUGAAAAAAUUCGACCGAAAUGAUUGUUAUUUUAAUCAGUUUGUGACUUUUCAAAAGAAUUUCUGAUGAUUUUCUGUACUUCUUAAAUUUUGCCAUUGAAAACAAAGGCAUUCAUCAACACUUGACAUAUUUAUUUUAUAACUUGUUGGUGAAAAGUGUGCUGUGACAGGAUUAAAAUCUCAGGAAAUGAAGUAAAUGUUUCAGUUGGUAUUCAGUGAAUUUUUUUUACUGCACGAAAGUGGUUGUGGAUGUUUGAAAGAAUAUCUUAGCCUGCACCAAAUUUGAAGUAUUUGUGUAUUUAAAAUAUUAGGUAUUAUAUUUUAACCAGUCAAGUUGUUUUGGUUAAAAUACACACUGGCAUCCUGCAGAAGUUUGAGAGUUGAAUUGUGCAAUAUGUGAAUGUGUUCAUUGACUAAGACAUCAGGACUACAUAAAUAAGGUUUCAAACUUCACAAGAGAUUUGAAAUUGCAAUAAUAAUUCUAACAUUUUUAUAUCCAUUUAUUUAUUAACAUUCCUUAAAAGACAUUGACUACUGGUUAGCAAUUGUAUGUAAUUUAAUUCUUAAUUUCUUUUAUUUGAUAGAAAUGAAACAUGUUUUAUUUUUAUACUAAUGUACAUAUGAACCUUAUUUAAUUGUACAGAAACUGCUAUUCUCUAUGAAUUCAUUUCAAAAGAUUUUAUUUUUUUUGGUAAUAUUUGAACAUUUGAGAUUUGGCAGGGAUUCUUUGUCUUGUGAUUAGUGUGUCUUGUAGAUAUUGAUAAUAUGUUAGUUGUUUCUAGUGUUGUAUAUAAGUAUUAGUCAUAUAUUUCUUAGUGAAUUUGUUCAUGAUUGAAAUGAAACAUUUUGCUUUCAGAAAAUUUUAGAAGUGCAUUUUUAUGCUGACCUAAAAUAAUGAUAAAUUCAUAAAUAAUUAUAUU